CUUUUUUCAGCGAAAUGUGAUGGGGAUUAGGGCUUAUAGUUUUAAGCUUGAAGACUUGAGAGAUAAAAUACCCAGAAAGCAGAAGACCAGAAAGGGGCAGAGGGAUUGGGUCCGGGAAGGGCAAGACUGCUGGGAGAGGACAUAAGGGGCAGAAGGCUAGGGGGACUAUGAAGUUUGGGUUUGGGGGGGCAGACUCCAUUGCGCCGUCGUUUGCCGAAAAGAGGAUUCAAAAACCCUUUAGCCUCACCUUUCAGCCAGUAGGGUUGGGAAAGAUUGCAUAUCUAAUAAAUGCAGGGAAGAUUGAUUCUCAUGAAUUAAUUACAAUGAAGACUCUCAAGGAUACUGGAGCUAUAGGGAAGCAGAUAGAAGAUGGUGUACGAUUGAUGGGACGUGGAGCUGAAAAGAUCAAGUGGCCAAUUCAUCUGGAGGUGUCAAGGGUGACUGUUAGAGCGAAAGAAGCAGUUGAAGCUGCAGGAGGGUCUGUCCGAAAAGUUUAUUACAACAAGUUGGGUUUGCGGGCAUUGCUUAAGCCUGAGUGGUUUGAGAAGAAGGGGAGGUUGCUGCCAAGAGCAGCCAGGCCGCCUCCUAAACAGAAAGAUAAAGUGGAUAGCAUCGGCCGCCUGCCUGCCCCGACUAAACCUAUUCCAUUCUUCACUGAAGAGGGGGCAGUCGCCUCCUCAUCUGCCUAGUUUACAAAUGAGCAGUUUGUUGCUUUCAACGGCAGGAUUUUGUAUUUGCAGGAUAAAAUCUAAAACAUCAUGCAGGCAGAUUUUGAUUUCCAGAAAAGACUUGUUCUUGUUGCUUUGUUUCCAUUUUGCCUUUCAUAAAUUAUCUAUUGUGUUUAGGUAAAAGUAAUAAAGAUAUUUUUUUUUC